AUGACUGAUGAAGUUUUUAGCACAACUUUGGCGUAUACAAAGAGUCCAAAAGUUACCAAAAGAACAAGUUUCCAGGAUGAGCUGCUAAGGGCCAUCACAGCUCGCUCAGCCAGGCAGCGGAGUUCCGAGUACUCGGACGACUUUGACAGCGAGGAGAUCGUUUCUUUAGGCAACAUUUCUGAUACCUCAGCAGAAGAAAACUCAGUUAAGAAGAAGAAAAUAAAUGAUUUUCACAUAUCAGACGAGGAAGAAAAGAAUGCUCCAAGGCUGUCUUUUCUGAAAACCAAGAAAUCCAGCAAUGACAUCAGCAAAGAAAAGCCAGAAUUCACGGACAAAAAUGAUGAGGCAACAGCACACAACAGUUGUGAAGAUGUGGUUGAAAAUUCCUUAUUUGACUCUCAAAACAAAUAUCAAGAAAUUGAAAGAGACAAAGUGAAACCUAAACCCAGAAUUCUUUCCAUCAAAAGCACAUCCUCAGGUAACUUGUUUGGCAGCCUUGAAACAGAUGAGCACUUUAAACCUUUACCUCGGCCAAGGAGCAUGUUAAAAAAGAAUAGCUACAGAGAGGAGAAAGAUAGGCCAGAAGAAAAAGAAACCUCCCCCAGUCAAGAAUUCCAUGGUCAGCUGGCACCAUCUCCCGCACCACGGCUAACUGACCCAAAAUUAGAAGCUGAGAAGAAAGCGGAAAGCAGUCACCCUGAGGACCAAAAUGUCACAAGUCUAUCUCCAUCAUCCCUUAAGGAAAGUCUUGGCAAUUCCUAUUCACCAGAACCUGGGGAAAAGUCGUCCGUAAAAGAUGAGAAUGAAGAAUUCACUGAAAACUACACUUCGUUGAAAUCAAAUGCAAAUGAAGAGCAUUCCUUAUGGGUGGACUCUGUUAGUUCUGCACCGGAGAAGCCCAAGGAAAGCCAUGUGGCUGCUGAUGGCCUUGAAGAAGCAAGGGAGAAAGCUGGAGUGACGACAGACGACAGUGCAGCAGCCGAUCCAUUGCUGUUGAAAUCGCGGAGUGCCGUCACAGCCAACGACACAUCGGAAUCUACAAAGAAAACAGUUGAAGAAAGAAACAUGAAGAAUAAAAGGACAACAAAUAAUAGAGUCUCCAGCGCAUCCGGCAGAUUGAUGACUUCUGAGUUUUUGAAGAAAUCUAGUUCUGCAAGGAGAAGUCCUUCAGCAACUACCUCAUCUCAGUAUUUAGGGACUUUGAAAGUUUUGGACCAAAAGCCUCCACAGAAGCCAAGUCUGGAACCCGACAGAGCGGACCACAUAAGAGCAGCUGUGUAUCAGGAAUGGCUAGAAAAGAAAAAUGUCUACUUACAUGAAAUGCACAGAAUAAAAAGGAUUGAAAGCGAAAACUUGAGGAUUCAAAACGAACAGAGAAGGGCUGCCAAGCGAGAAGAAUCCUUGGCGUCCUUUGAGGCCUGGAAGGCCAUGAAGGAAGAGGAAGCCAAGAAGGUAGCCGCCAGAAAGAGGCUCGAGCAAAAAAACAAAAAGAAAAUGGAAGAGGAAAACGCUGCCCGGAAAGGAGAAGCACUACAGGCUUUUGAAAAAUGGAAAGAGAAGAAGAUGGAAUACCUCAAAGAGAAAAACAGAAAGGAGAAAGAAUACGAAAGAGCAAAGAAACAGAAAGAGGAGGAAGCAGUGGCCGAGAAAAAGAAAGAUAACUUAACCGCUGUUGAGAAAUGGAAUGAAAAAAAGGAAGCAUUCUUCAAACAAAAGGAAAAAGAGAAAAUAAAUGAGAAAAAAAAGGAAGAACUUAAAAGAGCCGAGAAGAAAGACAAAGACAAACAAGCUAUGGAUGAAUAUGAAAAGUGGCUGGAGAAAAAAGAAAGGCAAGAAAGAAUUGACCGGAAGCAGAAGCGUCAUUCCUUCCUGGAGAAUGAGGCGCUUCCUCCGUGGAGCCCGCCGAGCAGGACUGUAUUCUCAAAAGUGUUCUGAUCAUUUCGCUUCUUAGAUGACUCAGCUAUCUGCCAGUUUGCAUAUUUUAGCCAGGGGGCUUAACAUUAUUGAAUCAGUUAUAUAGAGAAGAAUCUAUUUUGAUAAAUUGCCAGACGCUUCUUGCUGGCAAUGAAAAAUAUAGUUAGGGAUUCAAUCCGUGAAAGUACCUUUUUUUUUUUUUAAUUAUAGAUGCACUGCUGUAUAGGAAGAGAUUAUAGUCUGAGCACUCUCCCCACCUAAAUGCGUCAAGCUUUAUCAUGUCCUGGUAUUUCUUAAUGUGGUGUGAUCCAGGCUCACGUUCAACUAAAUUCUCUGCCUGUUAUUGAAGUCUGAGCAUUCCCAGUAAUGAGGAGGACAUCGAUGAGAUGCCAUCAUCAUUCCAGAAAUGAUUGCAUCUGUAGCCGAAGGUGCCUCGAGACUCACUUGUAGAUGAAUAGUUGCAUACGUUACUUCAUCUAAAAUUGAUCUUUAGCUCAAAGCUGCAUUUGCGCUGUGCAAGUUACAACUCCAGUCCAUAGAGGCCAUAGUUCAAUAGAAAUCUAACCAGCAAAGCAUUUUUAAGAAUUAUGCCUUAUGCUUUAAUAAGGGUGUAUUUUAUCUGUCCUAAGCUCACAUGACAAUCAUAGGCUCUUUAUAAUGAGCUCACCUCUGAGGUUUCUAAACUUUAUCUCGGUUUGUUGAUUAUUUCACUGAUACCCAUAGAUAUCAAUGUCAUGGCAGUGCUAUAUUAAUGCAUUUUAGUAAGAUACAUUCUUGAGAACUUCAAGGUCAUGAGCACUGUGUUUUUCCAGACAAAUGCCAUAAAAACAGUUACUUCUAUUAUU